CAUGUCUUAUAAGUAUUUCAGAUCAGUAAAUGUCGCUAUUCUAUCUUCAGUCUUUUCAAGGACUGUAACUGCGUGUCGACGUUCAUGUCCUGGAAUCUCGGAGAAUUCGGAUACGAAUGAAGUCUGUCCCUACACGCCACGGGAAAUAAGAAAUGUAAUUGGAUUUAUAAUACUCGGAAUUGGUGGGCUUGCAGUACUUGGAUUCCUUAUUAUGAAAAUUACUAUAAGAUGUAGGAAAUACUGCCUUGAACAAAUUCAUAGAAGAAAGGCACGCCGUCCACCAAAGCGAACUUCAUCCAAUGCACAAAGGAUCGAAAACGUUUCCAUGUAUGCUUCGUCACUCCACACGGUAUAUGCUUCAUCGAGACAAGUCGGCACUCCGCUGAUACGAACUCCACUAAUCCAACGACCACACAACAUUCCUUCAUCUCGACCACAAAGACUAACAACACCUGCAACAAAACAAGGUGGUCGAUGUUCACCGUACAGAGAGGUCACGGAUUCGGCAUUUCCGAGAAAUGUAAAAUUUGAAGAUGAAGUUAUCAAAGCAAAAGUGAAUGAUUAUUUGAGGAAAUUACAAACUGAUAAGGGAUUAAACAAACGUCAUCAUCGCCGCAGCAGAGGAGGUGGAACUGGAGCGGACGAAAAUGUAGAGAACACUUCAGGGCGUGGAGGUUUAACAGUGCCAAAUGUCAGUCCUUUCAGUUCAACCUCCUCCUUGUACGAGUUUGACGCAAUUUCAGUGUCAUCUGCGUAUGCAGGUUCAGAGAUCCAUGAUGAUCAUCCGGACCUGAACGAGAAUGAAGAAAUGACACAGAUCCCACCAAUCGAAGUGAGAGUUGAGGAUGUCGAUGGUGAGUUCAACGCUGGGGCACCAGGUGAAGAAAGUGAAGAAUUUUUUCGUGGCGGGGAGGGAGGCUUUGAAACAGUUGAUAACGUAGAUUGAUGAGAAAUCAAGUUCAAACUACACUGCAUAACAGCGAGAAAUACUGCCUCGAGAAAUUACAAUUUGUGGUUAAUCAGCAAAGUUGUUUAUAUUAUUACAUAGGAUUAUAUUUUAAAUAAAAUUUAAUAUGUGAACAUCA